UUUGUUUUGAUGAAAUGCAGAACGUGAUAAGAGAUGUCCGCCACAGACUAUUUGUGGCCCGUUGCUAUGUUGUAACUACUGUAGAAAAUCAUUCAUCCUGGCUAUUUCCUGUUUCAAUUGUGGCUUUCGCAGGGUAUACUGGAUGGGCUUUUAUUAAAUCGAGACAAGUCAAGAAGAAAAAUGAAUCACUGCAGACUUAUUCGAAAUUAGACGUUAACCUUGGAGGGUUUAAAGACCAACCGAAAGUGAAUAGUGCGGUCAAGUUCAACCCAAUGUCAGAGGAAGACAGAGAAAUAGCAAUGGGAGGUGUGAUCAAAUCUAGACCAGUUGAUCACGGAAGCAGUGAAACGAAAAAUGGUCAGAAAAAUAGCUCAAUUGAAGACAGUUCUGAUUCUGAUUCUAUUGUUGAGAUAACGCGCAAAACAGAAAGACCACUCAAAGAAUUUAUUAAAUUGAUUAGCGAAAAAUGAUUUCCUUGAUGUUUGACUCGUCCAUUUGAUUUCUCAAAAACUGAUGAAACGUUGGCAAAUAUACAAAAUAAAAACUUUGCAGGAGCAACUUUGAUGCCAUGAUGCAUAUUUCAAAAAUAUGACAUUGACCGAUUAGAUGAUCCCCGUUAAGAAGUGUGCUUUAUUUUCCAUUCAUCGUACUAAGAAGUUAGUUCUGAGAUGAUUUUUUUGCUUUUAUGAUUGUUAAAUAAUUUGAAACCCAAAGUUUGAGAUCCUUUUAGAUCGAAAAAUGUUGAAUUCACUCAUACCAAUGGGAAAAUCCCGACGAAUGAUUCAAGUCUGGUCUAAAAGGGGACUAGUCUGGGGAGGUGUUGCAUCUGUGGCCUUCGUCUGGAUGUGCGACAUCAAAAUGAUCCAAGAAAAUAUCCCUUUUUACGGUAGGAAAUUCAGCGAAGAUAAUGGAACCUGGAAACAGUUUUAGACCAGACAUGACCAGACGUCCAAAUUGAGACUUAACCGAGGAUUAUUGAAUUGAAAGGCGACCUUUUGAGGAGCCAUGGACUAAUCAGUUUAAUGUGUGUGCAAGAAUCUGUUUUGUAUUAUACUACUAAAUAACUAGACUUGCUACAAAAUUUAAAUUCCAAAACCACCGUGUUUUGAGCGUUUCUUGUGACGAAAUGUAAUAUGAGAUCACUUUAAUACAUAUAUAAAACUGAUCUCAUGUAUGUAAUUAUAUAUACGUGACCGCUUGAUUCCAAAUCAAUUUUAUUGGUUCCAGAGUCGAAUUUGUUUUUGUUGUAAUUGUUUCUGAAUAGUUUUAGACUGAAAUCAAGCAUUGAAAAUUAAAUCAAACCGGAGACCCUUCUGAGGAGUAUUUCUAUUAAAUUAUGAUUGAUUUUGUAUCUUUUUUUUUCAGAUUACUAUGAUGACCAGUUUUUUGGUCAAAUUCAAGCUCUUAGCAGAAAAAUUCCCGGUACAUUGAAAUAGGAAGCUUCCUAUUCCAGCAUUCAUGAACUCAUAUAUGAUUUCUCCAACUGCUUCGUUAUAGAUCGGCAGUAUAUUACACGUGAUUAGCAAAGCCAAAUAACGACUUGGUUAAAAUGGUCCACUUGACUAAUAUGCGAAAAAUAGUCACUCAAUGAGUCCUCGCGGCUAUGUUAAACAUGGUACCAAAUUGAUUGAGCCUAAUCUAUUCUGACUGUGUGUUAAUCUUAACAAUCUUACAACAAUCUCCGCCAUAUAACCAUCAAAAGAGUCCCAAAUUACCCCACGCCACAUCAAAACCGUAUCUUACUUUCAAAUAAGUAAAUAUUAUUUCAACCAAUAGAAUUAGAGGAGCAAUUUGAAAACCUUGCCAAGAUGAGGAGCAGAAGUAAUUCAGGAGCGAUGCUAGACGUGUACUACCACCAGCUGACCAUAAUUCUGGACGAGUUGCAGCACCCUUUAACGGGACUGUUGUCGAAUAGGGACCCGAAGGCACAGUAUUAUCACCAUGCCUGGAUGCGAGACAACGUCUACUGCUGUCUGUCCACUUGGGGACUGAGUUUGGCCUACAGGAAGUGUACGACAGAUAGAGACAGCGAAGCCCGAGUCAACCAGUUAGAGAGGAGUGUGGUGAAACUGAUGAGGGGACUCAUGAUGUGCAUGAUGAUGCAGUCCGACAAAAUAGAGACCUUCAAAAAGAGCCAGCACAAGUACGACUGCAUCCACGCGAAGUUCGAUGCAGCCACUUUGGGUGCAGCGUGUGGGGACUACGAGUGGGGUCAUCUGCAGAUGGACGCAGUGGCCAUUUAUGUCCUUCUUUUGGCUCAGAUGACAGUUUCCGGACUGGUGAUAGUCCAGAACCAUGAUGAGGUAGCCUUCAUACAGAACUUGGUGUUCUACCUCGAGAAUGCAUACAAAACACCCGAUUUUGGUAUCUGGGAGCGAGGAGACAAAACAAAUAGAGGUCAAGUGGAAUUGAAUGCUAGCUCAGUCGGAAUGGCAAAAGCCGCACUGGAAGCAAUCCACGAUGUGGAUCUGUUUGGAGCCAGAGGAUCGUCCCAGUCUACGAUAACUUGCAUGCCGGAUGAAAUCACCCAAUGUAACAUCACCCUUACUUCACUUUUACCCAGAGAAUCAAAUUCUAAAGAGUGCGAUUUGGCGCUUCUGCCUCUCAUUACCUAUCCUGCGUUUGCUGUUGACGAUGUAAAAGUGAGAGACCAGGUGCGAAGUUUGAUUGUCGAGAAGUUGGAAGGAAAUUAUGGAUGUAAAAGGUUCCUUAGAGACGGUUUCAAAGCGGCUACUGAGGAUCCGAACCGACUGUAUUACGAAAGCUACGAGCUGAUUACUUUCGAAAACGUGGAGUGCGAAUGGCCACUGGGUUUAUGCUUCCUUCUUCUGGAUGCAUUGUACAGAGAAGAUAAAGAUCUUGUCGACAAGUAUCGAAAGAAAUUAGACACUCUUAUGGUGCCAUGUCCGGAACUUGGUUUUCACGUUUUACCUGAGCUCUAUUAUGUACCAUUUAACAACAUCGAAGAGGAAAGAAAACAGCCACGGACGCAAGAACGACUUCCAGCCGGGAAGAUUCCCCAUUUUUGGGGUCACAGUAUUUGGAUUUUGACAUCGUUGAUUUGCGACGGGUUGUUGUCGCCAGGAGAAUUAGACCCUCUAAAUAGACGUCUGUCAAACCAGGAGCGUCUAGAUGUGAUUGUUCAGAUUGCCCCAGUUGCUGAAAAUUUUGACGUAAAAUUAGCUCUUGAAGAAGAAAAUAUCGUAGUGGAAACUGCAGAAGAGUUAGCUGAGUCCGAUAUGAAACUUCGUCUGUUUCACGCGCACGUGUUCGGUAGUCUAUUGACCAGACUGGGCGAAAGUCCAAAAAUGGGCUUAACUGGACGGUUCGCCCACGAUAUUAUAGGACCCGAGGCUACCAGUAGAUUUUACGUCGUAAAAGACACCUUGCUUGCAUUUGUACCUUAUUUCCUCAAUAAGCAAAAGUUUUACUUGGCCUUGGAUCAUCAGCUAAUUUUGAAACAGUUGGGAUUGAUGGUCCAGUAUUUCAAACUAAAUUGGCGGGGACUCGGUAGGCCAAUUGUAGUUUUGCUUAUCACCAAAGAGUUCUUAGACCCACUGACUGGAAAGUUAUCUCAACUCUACCUAGAAACCCUGCUGAAGUUACGAACUGGACUUCUUGACGGUCUUCGAGUCAAUUUCGGAAGCGUCACAGAGUUCUAUGCCACGUCGAGUAUCCGGCGGUUAGGCUUCUUGGAACGAAUCAUUGACGAGGAGCGGAAAAAUCCUCUUGAUAGUCAACCUAUGGUAACUCAUGACAUGAUGGACGUUCCCUUAUUGCUUAAAACGGGAUCCUGGGGAGAAAUGCCGCGAAUGGCAAAGAGAAUGUCUGUGUUCAGAACGAUUAUGACAUCGAAAGACAUAUUACUGAGUCCGCCGAUUGAUAUUGUCGAAGAGUCCAAUCGUGUACCUAAAGUGUCGACUCAGACUUCGUUUUUGACUGUCAGCUCGAAUGAGUCUCUACUAAGUGAAGAAGCGAGUAGUCUAAAACUGUCUGAUAUCGACUCGGCUAGUGAUUCAGAUCUGAUCAAAUUGCUCCACUCUUCAAACUCGCUCAAUACUCAACUAGACGUGCUUGUAUUCAUGCACAACAAGUUUGGACUGGAUUAUGAAAUCAGAGUUGGAGAGUCAUGCCCUUCGGUAAAAAAUCUCCUGAAGGAGUUGUAUCGUAGAAGCUCGGAAGUUUCGGCAUGGAGUAUUCUUCGAUAUAGUGCAAGUAUGCUGCAGAGAAACAUGGAUAAUGUUACUUCUUCUAUAUGCCAGAUUUUGAUCCGAAGAAAGGCACUGAGCGUCGGAAUGCCACCGGAACCCAGGGAGCACACUAUCUUUAGUCCAGUGACUCUGGAUACAUUUAAUGAUAUUUUGGAGCAAUCCUGUGGCUACAGCACUCCCAUGGCAGCUUUGACCCAGGAAAUAAUUAAGUUCACUGCUCUGAUUAUGGCAACUCAAGUGGAAUUGUUCACUGGAAUGAUGCGAAUUAGAAUCGGAUUAAUCAUUCAGGUGUUGGCGAUGGAGAUUGCGAGGUCGUUGAAUAUCAGUGUGGACAAUGGCAUGGAGUACCUUCUCAAACUGGAGCCCUACUGUGUGUACGAACUUGUCUGUCAGCUGUUCGCAGGACGCGAGAUCAUUCUCUCUUUCACUAGUCGAAAGAAAAGCAGCAGCUCAUCUUAUGACGGAGUAGAGUUCACACACUUGGUCGGCGAGGGUCAGUCAGACUUAUCGCUUGUCAAGUACAGCAAGAAAGACAUCAGUCAAUUGAAGACCUCAAUGCAUGACAUAGAAGAAGACGAGGACUUCUUCGAGGACUGGAGGUACGAUGAUGUGCCCAGUUACUCCAGGGGAACCUGGCUCCGCAGACGAAGGAUAGAUGGAUCCCUCACCAGGACUCCCCCAGGGUUCUACCAGGGAGUGUGGAAGCUCCUAGCCAAGUGUCACGAUGGAAUUUGCGUUGAAGACAGAAUGCUCUACUCUAUUUGGACUAAAGAAAUGACACAGGACGAAAUGAAGUUCGACUUGAAGAUCGAGGAAAUCUUCAGUCGGAUAUCGGAGCCAGAGUACAGACAGAUUCUGAUCGAGUCAAUGAUGGUUUUGGCAAAGUUGGUGGAGAAGCACUACAAAGACAGAGUGUACCCUGUUAUUAAAUUGGAGAACCUCUGCAAACAUGCAAAUCAUCUUUUCAUUGCCGAAAUGGGCGAAAGGUACCCUAAUAUGUCACGCGAGACGUUAUUAAAGGGUACAAGAGAUAUUUCUAACUUCUUCUAUGAUUCGGCUCCCAGCGGACGAUAUGGAACAUUGACUUACCUGAUCAGAUCAACAGUCAUGUUCUUAGAAGCAACAAAUUCUGCCAAAAAGGGGCAAGAUUCCCCUCCUAUGGAUUGUAAAAUCAGUUAGAUGCUAUUUUUUGCAUUAAAUUGAUUGGCUCUUUUCCACUUGCAGCUCCCAUACUGGUAUUUUGAUUUAAAAUAAUAAUUUUCACAAAUAUAAAAAAAAAACAUUCAAAUUGAAGUUUUAUGUUUCAA